AUGAUUUUUACGCUCAAAGAAGUCAUCAAAUGGCUGGGACUAUCGAUCUUCGAGCUGUGGCUUCAUAUAGUGGCAAUUUUUGUAUUUUCAGUUCUGGUUGCCGUGAAAUUGGAAGGCGGAACUUUAUCAUGGUGGACAGUGUUUGUUCCUUUGUUUGCGUGCGAUGGAUGCGUGGCUUACUUCACAGCUAUCGUUUUCAUAAGACUCUUUUUGAUAGGUGAUCGGCGUUUAGCGGGAAAAAGAACGGCGUGGAGCUUAUUACUGUUAACUUUGUUGUUAAGUUAUAAGAUACUUCUCUGUCAUCGACUGGAAAACUACAUUGUUAGAGAUUAUGCAGUUAUACACGUUCCCCUGUUCCUUCUCUUAUUGGUCCUCGCUGUACGAGCUUGUCAAGUCGACUGCUAA